AUGGGGAAGGAGAAACCCUGGGCUCUGGUCUCAGAGGAGGGGGUCGACCAAAGUUUACUUGAUAAACUCAGGGACGUGUUGAAGCAACACUUUCAAAUCAUCUCCAGAAGAGAGUUUCUACAAAACCCUCAGCUGCAUGGCCCUAAAAUCCAGGCCCUGUUUGUAUGGAGCCUCAGGCCUGCAGCUGAGGUGGUAUCCAAUGGAGGGGCAGGCACUGACCACCUGGAUGUACCAUUAAUCACCAGUCGAGGGGUGAAGGUGACCAACACUCCUGGUGCGGUCAGCAACUCCACUGCUGAUAUGGCCAUGGCUCUACUUCUGGCAUCCGCACGCAGGAUUGUUGAGAGUCUUAAAACAGCUGAAGAUAACAUUUUACCCAGAAGCCUGAGAGGAGUUGAAGUCACAGGAUCCACUCUGGGAAUCGUGGGAAUGGGCGAGAUCGGUUACAAAAUAGCUCAGAGAAGCAAAGGAUUUGACAUGAAGAUCCUGUAUCAUAACCGGACCCGAAGGAGUGCAGAAGCUGAGCGGGCGGUGGGAGCGACUUACUGCCGGAGGCUGGACGACCUGCUGACGAGGGCAGAUUUUGUCGUGCUCGCCAUCUCCCUGACACCCGACACGACGGGCCUCAUCAGCCACAGAGAGCUGUCACUCAUGAAACCAGAAGCAACACUGGUCAACAUCAGCAGAGAUCUAGUGGUGGACCAGGACGCUUUAGUCGAAGCUCUCCAGUCUGGAACGAUUUGUGCAGCGGCGUUGGACGUGACUCAUCCUGAACGUUUACCAAGGGAUCAUCCUCUCCUGGCCAUGCCCAACGUGCUCAUCACCCCCCACAUUGGUGGGAACACCUGGGCAGCAGUUGACAGCAUUGCUCAGACGACGGUUGAAAACGCCCUGCAGGCUGCAGUCACAGGUUCACCUAUUCCCAAUGAGGUCAAACCAAAAGGAGGAGAUGACAAUUUUGUUUUAACUAGAGCUGUAGCCAAUCAGGAAUGUGCCUGGUGGUUGGUUGCUUGGUCUGCGUUAAUCCCUCUUGCACCUUUCUAG